AGCCCGGCUUCUCGCCUUUCGCCCCCCCUUUGCUGUGAAGACACACAAUGAGCAGCAGCGCCUCAGCCGAUCGGCCCAUUUUCUCCAAGGGGGAGGACUGCAAGGCCUCGUGGCACGACGCCAACGCCGGCUACAAUGAAGCUGACACGCACCUGGAGAUUAUGGGCAAACCCGUGAUGGAGCGCUGGGAAACCCCGUACAUGCAUUCCCUGGCUACGGUGGCGGCCUCCAAAGGCGGCCGGGUUCUGGAGAUCGGAUUCGGAAUGGCCAUAGCUGCCACCAAAUUGGAGUCUUUUCCCAUUGAGGAGCACUGGAUCAUCGAGUGCAAUGAUGGCGUCUUUGCCCGACUGGAGAACUGGGCCAAGUCCCAACCACACAAGGUUGUGCCCCUCAAGGGCCUCUGGGAGCAAGUUGCGCCCACCCUUCCAGAUAACCACUUUGACGGUAUCCUGUAUGACACAUACCCUCUGUCUGAGGACACAUGGCACACUCACCAGUUUGACUUUAUCAAGGGUCACGCUCACCGAAUGCUAAAGCCCGGCGGCGUACUGACCUACUGCAAUCUGACCUCCUGGGGUGAGCUGCUCAAAGACAAAUACAACAAUAUUGAGACCAUGUUUCAGGAGAGCCAGGUGCCUCAUCUGCUUGAAGCCGGCUUCAAGAAGGAGAAGAUAAGCACUACCACCAUGGACAUUGUACCUCCCACUGAGUGCAAAUACUAUUCCUUCCAUAAGAUGAUCACCCCCACCAUUAUCAAGGAGUAAAGUGCAGAACACUGCUGAAACCAUAUUACAGAAUCAUGUGCCUUCUCUGACCCUCUCUUUGUCCUUACUUGUUUCCCAGCUUUCAAUAAAACAAAAUCCAUAUCCAUA